CUUUGCCACUUCUCCUUUCCAUUUGUUUUCUUCAUCCCCAAUUUUUCCACAUCAAAAUUCCUUUGAUCUUGCCCUAAAAUGGCUUCCUCCUCUGCACUUUCAAUUUCAACAUUUCCUUCUACUUCUCGCUUUAACGAUGUCUUUCCAUCUUCUUCAUCCACACUUCUCCAUAGAUUCUCUUCCGAUCGUCACUCACUCCCCUCUCAAUCCCGUUCCUUUUCAUCCACCGCCAAAUCAUCCUCCAAUUCUUCCGGCAAUUUCUCUGCCGAUGAUCCUUUUGGCUUCUAUCCUUGGGAGUCUUCUGGUGGAGAUAGUGGUAUCGAAUGGGAACAACAGGAAACAAUCACACUCUUCACUUCUGAUGGACUUGUUCAAAUUGGAGGAUUAAUGGUCCCUAAACGUGUCCCUUCAGCACAUAAGAAGCAAUCCAAGGUGAAAACCUCCCCAAGAUUUCAACAAUAUAAAGAAAGCAAUUACAUGGAUCCAGCUCAAGGCCUAUGUUUGGGUGCACUCUUUGAUAUCGCAGCCACAAAUGGUCUUGAUAUGGGAAGAAGACUUUGCAUCAUUGGGUUUUGUCGUUCCAUUGAAAUGUUAAGUGAUGUAGUUGAAGACACUGUUUUGGAGCACGGUGGAGAAGUGGUUGUAGCUGAGAAGGCUAGCAAGGGGGGUUUGAAUGAAAGGUUAACAAUGACGGUUGCUGUGCCACUACUUUGGGGGGUCCCACCUGCGUCUGAAUCAUUACAGAUUGCUGUUAAGAGUGGUGGGGGAAUUGUGGACAAGGUUUUCUGGCAAUGGAAUUUAUGGUAGAUUGAUUUGUGAAUUGUGAUGUAUAAAUUAUAAUCUCAUCGUGCAUGUUGUAAAUAAAUUGCUGUAUAAAACAUAUACUGUAUCAUAUCAUUGAUAUUGAAGUGUAUAUUUUAACCA